UCGGCAGUUAACUGCAGCCGGUUUUUGAAUUUCUCGGCAGUUAACUGCCGAGGGGGCAAAAUUAUAUUUUACUUGUGUGUCUCAGCCUUAUGAAAUGUGUAAAGAACAAUUUUAAAACAUUUCCCCAUCCAAACAUACUCCAACAGUUAUUACCUAAGAAUCAUGAUGCAAGAGUUAUUACCGAAGAAUCAUGAUGCACAAGUAUUUUACAAUUACAUGUCCCGUAAAAAAAAUAUUAUUCAUGUACUAAGCUUUUUUUAACGUAUCUUCGUACUACCAACAUUUUUUUUUUGUCAAUACUACUAAUUUUCUUUACUCGGUUUAAAGUUUGGAUAAAACAUUGCUUUAUAGAAUGAGUUAAUUUUCUAAACUUGCCUUCUUCUACCACUAAUCCUCCAUCGUAAUGCUAUAAACUUAUUUACUCUGAAAUCUGAAUCAAAAUUAUCCGUUUCAUUCAGCCAAUUACAACGACCGUUAGGUGUUUGACGAAAUGUCACACCGAGUUUUCAUGAAAAAGAGGUCGCUCACUCAAAUGGGCACUCACAUUGUGAACUUCUUAACCCAACACAAACAUCAAAAUCAACAACAACCACUUUGUGUCUUCGUUCGAUCAAAAACAACGUCUAUCCAGUACGUAAAUUCACGUGCUCGAGACCCUACUUUCGAGAAACUUAUGGACAAGUAUAAAAACCUUCUCAAAGUCAUUGCUGUUCACGACCUUAUCCUUGCUAACCCCAAAAACCGAUCAGUCUCUGUUGAUUUCCUCUCCAAUCUCUCUCAGAGGCUCCACCUUAACCGCGGUGCCACUGCCUUCCUCCGCAAGUUUCCUCACAUUUUCAAUAUUUACUAUGAGCCUUCCAAGUUGCAGCCGUUUUGCAGGUUAACUGAUGCAGCUCUUGAUGUCUCGAGACAGGAAGCUGAGGCUAUUAAUACUUCUUUGCCUCUUGUUGUUGAAAGACUUGUCCGGAUUUUGUCCAUGUCUGCUUCUAAAACGGUUCCUCUUAGAGCUGUUUUCAAGGUUUGGAGAGAGCUUGGUCUUCCUGAUGAUUUCGAGGAAUCGGUUAUAGCUGCUAAUUCUAGUGUUUUUCAGCUUUGUGAUGCAGAUGAACAGAAUACUCAUUUGUUGAAGCUGGUUGGUGAUGUUCCCAGCAGCGGUUUUAGAGCUGCUGUUGAGGAUUGGAGGGUUGUUGAGUGUUGUAAAGACGAGUCCAGUGUUAAUAGCAUGGAAAUGCGGUAUAGUUUUAAACAACGGUAUCCUCCAGGGAUGCGGUUGAGCAAGAACUUCAGAGCCAAUGUGAAGGAAUGGCAGAGUUUGCCUUAUAUGGGGCCGUAUGAGAUGGUCAGUGAGAAGAAGAAGACAUCCAAGGCUGGAAUGAUGGCGAUGGAGAAGCGAGCGGUGUCCAUUGUUCAUGAGUUUAUGAGUUUAACAGUGGAAAAGAUGGUGGAAGUUGAGAAGAUAAGCCAAUUUAGAAAAUGGUUUGGUAUUGAUUUUAAUAUAAGGGAUCUAUUCUUGGAUCACCCGGGGAUCUUCUAUUUAUCGACAAAGGGUAAAAGACACACUGUUUUCUUGAGGGAAGCUUAUGAACGAGGCUGUUUGAUACAUCCAAAUCCUGUCUAUGAUGCAAGGAGAAGACUACUUGAUCUUGUUGCUUUAGAACGCCGUGGUUUACCAGCUGUUAAUUCCAAGUUGCACGACAAAAGUUGUGGCAAUGAGGUUGAACAAGGGGAAAACAUGCAAAAACAUGAAUCGUUAUCAUCUUUUGACUAAAGCAUCAUUACAUUACAUCUUUGUCUAGUUUUCAUGAAUCAUGACAACAUUGCUUUUUGUUGUACUACAAUAUAAUACAAUACAACUAGUAUGUAGUGUCUUUGUAAAGACUAAAGAGGUGUAUUGUGAAUUUCCGAACAAGAUUUAAUGAAGUUGAUUGCGUUUUGAGUUUAAAAUGCAUUAUGCGUGUGUAUUUUUCCCAA